AUGAGCGCAGGUGGUCUGGCCGCCGACCCCGCCCGGGCCUCGUGCGGCCCCAGGUGUCCGGGUGAAAGGAGCCUGCCCCGGUGCCCGCGCGCCGCCAUGUACGCCGCGCCCGCGUCGCCGUGCCCGGAGCCAUGCCCCGCGCUGCCCGCGCUGCUAGGCGCCCCGCAGGCCGAGGUGCUGGAGGACGUGCUGCGGGAGCAGUUCGGGCCGCUGCCCCAGCUGGCCGCCAUCUGCCGGCUCAAGCGGCUGACCUCGGGCAGCUACUCGUCCACGGAAGACCUCCAGCUGGUGCUGGAGCGGCGACGUGUGGCCAAUGCCAAGGAGCGGGAGCAGAUAAAAAAUCUCAACCGUGGUUUUGCCAAACUGAAGGCACUUGUGCCGUUUCUGCCCCAAAGCAGGAAGCCUAGCAAAGUUGAUAUUCUUAAAGGUGCAACAGAAUACAUACAAGUCCUCAGUUAUGUCUUGGAAGGCGCCAAAGACUCAGAGAAACAAGACCCAGAGGAGCAGAUGAGCAAUACCACUUUGGAACCACAUCUACCUGUGGAUAAGGAACUUUCUAGAAGCAUGACUCAACACACCAGCUGCGCCAUCAGCUUGAAGAAUGAGGGGGAAGGAUCCUGGGCAGAUGGUGGCUGUGGGGAGCCACUGUAUGCUUGUCGCUGGAACAUGCCAUCUACAGCUGGAGCCGUCUCCCCCAUCACGAGUCUGGAUAAAUUCCCGGAAGUAGAACUUCUGAGUCACAGACACCCACAAGUAUGAAAAAAAUGAAAGGACCAGCGUUACUUUCCGGAGACUAAAUAAAUGC